UCGGCAGGCAAAACCGCAACUUUCCCAGCAUCUGCCUGGACUGAAAACACGUCCCACAUCUCCUUAUUUCCCUCUGGCGAAAGCUCUUUCUGGCAUGGAGUGGGGACAGCUAAAGUCUCCAGGCUGCUAAUGAAGUGAGGGAAAGUGGAGGUGAGUCAGCCGAGCGGGAAGAAAGCGGACGACGGGAGCGGGAGGAGAGGUAGACGACGGGCCGAGAUGGGCGGAUGAAAGGAGCAACCGCUCAGCAGUGAGAGGGAGAGGGGAGAGUAAGGCGCCCAGACACCAUGUGGACAAGGGGAGAAGAGAAGGCAGAGGUGGCGCGCGAAGGCUGAGCGCCCAGGCACCCAGAUCCCAGAUCCGGAGAGCCGAGCCAGUGCAGAGGGGUCCGCGGGCUCUGGGGGUGCUGGACGAGUGCGAUCCGAGAGCAGAUCGGGGCCCUCACGAGCCCCUCCCGGCCCCUGCCCGCGAUGAGCGAGGCCAGCCGGCUGUGCUCCGGCUACUACAGCCUCAACCAGAGCUUCGUGGAGCCCUUCCAGUGCCCCCGGCGCGGCGAGGGGGCAGCGCUCCGGUACUGCUGCGGCUUCGCCGACCUCAAGUACUGCUGCAGUGAGCCGGGCAGCUACUUCCCCUACAAGCACAGCUACAUGUGGAGCCUCAGCAUUGGUGCCUUGAUUGGAUUAGGAAUUGCUGCCCUUGUUUUACUUGCCUUUGUCAUCAGUGUCUGUGUCCUCUGCUAUUUAUUUCUGUAUACAAAGCCUCAAAGAUUAGACACCGGCCUUAAGCUUCAGCACUUAGAGGCUUCUUCCACUCAAGAAGGCAAGUGAAAUGGAAAAACCAAAGUCCUCAAUUCAAAUGCAGCAUCACAAACAACAAAUGAAACAUACCAUGAAGCUGAUGAUAUAAUUCAAGAAAAAACAAUGGAUGCAACACAAAUCUACAUUGCUUAUUAACUAAAAAUUAUGUGUUUUAAAUGCUUGCUAGAGAGAUGGGGCAAUAAAAAUAAAGAGUACAUUUGAAACAGUUUGUAAUAUUGCUUUUCAAAAACUUGUCACUCACAAAGCAAGACACAGCUGCAUUUUUGAUCAGUUACUUUAUUAAACACAUAUUAAGGUUUUGAUAGGUUUUCCUUUGUAUAAUUCAUCUCCUAAAUAAUCUGUAUAAUGAAAGCUACAAAACAAAUGAGUUCUCUGGUCCCACCUAAUGCUAUCACAUUAAU